UCUGCGAAAAUACAUAGCAGAACCGUUUCAGCAUUCUGGGUGUGCAGUUUGGCGCGUGGGGAAAUUUUUGCCAAUUUUUUAUUUGUUUAAAACAUAUUUAUAUUUAUUGCCCUGCCUGUGCUCAAUGUUUUCGAUUAUAUAAAACACUUUUUUUCUUUUUCGUAUUGUGUUUUAUUUGUGUAUUUUAUUAAUGUAAUUAAGUGCAAUGAAUUUAUCAAUAUCCACGCUUAUACUGCUAGUUGCUACCGGCGCUAUCAUUGGCACCAAUGCCAACACCACCACAGUUCCAGAGUCGUCGAUUUAUCGCCUAAAUUCACAUGUGCUGCCGAUCUCUUAUGACAUUUGGUUAAAACCAUAUCUUCUAGCCACGGAUGGUGAGCGCCGAUUCACCUUUGAUGGUGAAGUCAAUGUAACGUUAUACGCAACGCAAGCAAAUACAAGUGAAAUCACCCUGCAUGCGCAUCUGAUUAAUCUAGCCAACAUAUCACUGUACAACGAUAGCAAUGCGGAGGAGCUUCUACAAACGUUCACCUAUAGUGAUAUAGCGUACGAUGGAGACACACAUCAAUUGACAUUAAUUUUGAAAGAUCAGCUGACGUUGAAGAAUAAAUUUAGAUUGCGUCUUGCGUACACAGGGCAAAUACGCGACGGUAUGCAAGGAUUCUUUCGCGCCAAUUACACCGACCACGAGGGCAAUGAGAAAUGGAUUGGUGUAACACAAUCACAACGCAUCGAUGCUCGCACCAUCUUCCCUUGUUUUGAUGAGCCCGCUCUUAAAGCUAAAUUCAGCUUGCAAUUAAGUCGUCCGAAAAAUUACAGAACUGUUUUCAAUACGGAAUUGUUGGAAAGCAUACCGGAUGGUGAUGAUCGUAUGUUGGAUCGUUUUGCGGCGACGCCACCCAUGUCCACUUAUCUAGUCGCCUUCAUUGUUUCGGAAUUUGAAGAAUAUGGCAGUGAUGAACUGAAAAUAAUUACACGUGCAGAAUAUCAAAAUAAAACACACUUCGCAUACGAAGUAGCCGAACGAGCGAUCAAUGCUUACGAUGUGUACACGCAACAGCCCUAUAAAGAGUUGGGUUUGGAUGUUAUGCAAAUGGCAGGAUCGCCGAAAUUCCCACACAACGGAAUGGAGAAUUGGGGUUUAGUUAUUUAUACUGACGAUGUGCUCGUCAACGAACCUGACUACACCGACGGCUGGUCAAAUAAGGAAUACACGCUCAGCGUAAUAGUACAUGAAACGGCGCAUAUGUGGUUUGGUAAUAGUGUCACUUUUGCUUGGUGGAGCUAUUUCUGGUUAAAUGAGGCUUUCGCGCGGUAUUAUCAAUACUUUAUGGCACACCAGCUAUAUCCGGAAUACCAUUUAGAUCAACAAUUUGUAGUAAAUCAAAUACAUUUGAUAUUUGGCAUAGACGCUGUUGGUAGUACACAGCCGAUGACUAGUCCGGAAGAAAGUAUAAAUACUCCAUCGGAAAUUGGUUAUAAAUUCAGCAGUAUUGCUUAUGCAAAGGGCGCCGCCAUUAUACGUAUGAUUGCCAAUCUUAUGGGACUGGAUAACUUCGAUAACGCCAUUCGUGCUUAUCUCAAAGAAUAUUAUUUAAAAAAUACCACACCGGAAGAUCUUUUCAAGCAUUUAAAACAACACUGGCCGUCCUCCCAUCAGGUUGAUUUGGAUGCGUUUUUCCAUGACUGGACCGAACAGGUCGGCUUUCCAGUGCUCUUCGUGAACAUCAAUGAUAAGCAUGAAAUUGAACUUACUCAACAGCGAUUCAUACUUGGCCUAGGCGAUGGCAGUAACGACACACUCACUUAUACCAUACCCAUUACAUAUGCCACGAACGUGGAAUCCGAUUUUAAUAAUCUCACCGCACGUUUCUAUGUGCCGAAUAAUAUGAAUAAGACUUUCACUGUGGACAAACCUUUCAAGUGGAUCAUUUUUAAUCUACAACAAUCCAAUUACUAUCGCGUCUUCUAUGACAUGACGACCUUAAAACACAUCAAAACCGCGCUCUCAAUGAAACAGCACGACGGCAUUCCACCCACAAAUCGCGCCCAGCUGAUCGAUGAUUCAUUCAACUUUGCACGCAUUGCUAUGAUGGACUAUGAUGAAGUGUUCCAAUUUUUGGAAUAUAUAGAAAACGAUACGGAUUAUUUGCCUUGGUAUGCAACAUUUUCAAAUAUGCAAUUUGUCGCACAGCGAUUGACGCUGCAACAACAGAGUUUAUUUGUUAAAUACUUGGACGACAUUAUGACCAAAAUCUAUACACAUUUAGGGUUUACACGCUCAAAUGAAACGGUACUCGAUAUUUAUAAUAGAAAUAAGGUCGUUAGUUGGGCUUGUAAAUAUCAUUUGUUCAAGUGCGGCGGCCAAGCACAAGAGUUCUUCAACACUUCCAUAAAGGUCGGCAAUAAACCGACACCAGAUUUUCGAGAAACCCUCUAUUGCAGUGCGACAAGAGAUGGCGCAUUUUUCUAUUACCAAACGCUGAAUGAGUGGUUUGAGAAGGAGAAACUGAAUAGUGAGAAGAAGAAGCUUAUAUACGCAAUGGGUUGUACACGAUAUUUCUACGCUUAUCACUAUGCCAGGAUACUAAAUGGUGACAUACCAAGUGACUAUGCAGCAGCAGGUAUAACACCAAUGUAUGCGGAGAAUCCAGAAAAUGUGGAGCCUGUAUUCAUUAUGAUAACCAAUACCAGUGAGCGGCUUGCGGAAAGGAUCGGAUGGCCAAGUGUAGCUAAUGUCAUUAAAGACAUCGCAAAUUACUUAACCACGCCAGAGCAAAAACAAAUAUUGGACGAUUUUGUCACGGAGAAAGGGGAAUAUUUUGGCAACUCCUUUUCGACUCUUCAAAUUGCCACCGCUACUGUGGAAUUGAAUUUAGAGUGGGCGAAGCUACGUUUGCCAAAACUUAUACAUUACUUUGAAAAACGGAAUUCAGCUGGAAGAAAAAGUGUAACUGUGAUUUUGCUCAUAUUUGUUUGUAUUAUACAAUGGUUCCUCUAAGAGUU